AUGAGUAGGGUAAGAGGGGACGAAGAGGAGGAGGAGGAGGAGGAGGAGGUAGAGGUGGAAGUGGAGGUAGAGCUGGAGGUGGCGGUGACGAAGAAGGUUAUCGAGGAAGGGGAACAUGGGAAGGAGGCGGUGAGGAAAAGGAAAAGUCGCAGUCGCCCUCCGGAACUCGAGCCUUGGAUCGUUCUAAGAAAAAAAUGGAAAGAAAGAAAAAGAGAAAAGAAGAGGAAAAGAGAACCUGAUAGAAUGGAAGGGAUUGAGAAACGACAAAGAGAGGAAGAAAUAGACGAGAAGAAGAGAGAGCAGAGAAAAGAAAAUAUACAUGGUUCUCCCGGCGGAUACGAACGCGGCAAGGCCGAGAGAAGGAACAGUAAAAUUGUAGAGAAUGUGUACGCGCCAUCAGGGUGGCCUAGAUUCAGUCAAGACCUGCUUUCUAGGCAGCAUUUCUCUUUAUCAUCGGCACCGCUGGUACAAUGUAUGGGUAAACCGUUGGUUGCCGCACGAUCGUGGAGAAAAUCUCAGGUGCACAUAGUGCGUACUUAUUAAUGAUUCUUCCAAUUCUAUCAAUGAUUUAAUAAAUAAUUUCUAUGUAUAAUUACAGAUUUUGAAUAUGAUGCAUUCUAGAUUCUCUAUUUUCCGAGACAUUAUUUCUUUUCUUUC